UCAACGCCGCUCGCGGAUCAUCGUCGUGCUGUGACGAUUGUGCCAAGGAAAUGCUGCAUCUCUGGACGUACAAACAUUUAUUGCGCACGAUAUCGGAUGUAUCAUCGCUUAUCUUCCAGUUGGACACACCGGGGGCGCAGUGUGUGUACUGCUUUAAACCACUACCGCUCGGGAUGAGUGCGAAGGUUGCGCAAAGCACGACGGUGAAAGGAGCUCGGCAGGAAGAGGAGCCAUUUGUAGGCGUAGCAGAUUUGAACCUUUGUCGGCAGCUGGCCGUUGGGCAGGAUUGGUGCGCACCGGAAGGAACCUGGUCCAUGCUUACCGCUGCCGUUCAGCAAACGGAUGAAACUGUCUCGAUAACGUUGACGCUCGAUGGUGUGCAGCAGUUGGCACAGCUAACGUUACCGAAUGGAUGCCGAAUACACAUUGACACGGAUCUCGCCGUACUGGGUAUCGGCCAUCGAGCGAUCGCACCGAACGAAUGCUCUACCGGAUAUGCUCUAGGUGGGGUGCAUCUGUUCGGACGAUGCAUCACCGAUGGGGCAGCACUGGCCACACUCUACGCUAUCGGUCCGAAUGUGAAUAGCUUCGGUGCGGUCGCUACCGGUUGCACUUUGCCCAACUAUGGCACGUUGAAUCUGGCGAAACUGACCGUAUCCGAUCUGCGUCCAGCCCCCUCGGCCCGGCUCCUCGAACGAAGCCACCUCGGAUGUUGGGUGGCCCACAAACCGGACUGCUUUGUGGCACGGAAUCAAAGUAUCGGAUUGAUGACGUUCGUGGGGCAGAAGAUGUGCCCGGUGGAAAAUGCUUCAUUGCAACGUGCGCUACUGAUAGCGGGCGGUGUAUCGGUGAUGCUCGUAUGUUUUGCACGCAUCGUGGAGCUAAGCGAUUCACCGCACUUGCAGUCAGCCGCCCUGAAGCUGUUGCUCCGGAUCGCACACAGUAAUCACGAGUUCUACAAUGAGUUCGUGCAGUGCAACCACCUGGAGCUGAUCGAUAUUGUGCUGAAGAGUGGACGGUGUCACAAGGAUCUCGCACUGUUGACGACGCUACUCGAAAUGGGGUUCGAUCAACCGAUCAUUGCACGGCGGCAGGCCGAUCAGCAGUACCGUGUGCUCACCGGUUCCACCGCUCGCGUUCGCUAUCCGGCCAUCAUUACGUUUCUGCUGGAGAACUUUCACAUCUGGAUCGAUCGGUCGGAGGAAGUGCUUGAUCUGCUGUUUGAUACGUUGGCCACCGCCACUCGUGAUAAGCAUCCGGCCAUGAUGUACAACUGUGCCAGGUUGCAAGAUGCAGCACUCGUGCCAGCGUUGAUCGACUUUUGUCGGGUGAACUUUGUCAUACCGGCUAGAACGGUAAAAAUUUCGCGCAAAGCGGCCGAUCUGCUUGUUUCGUUGAUUUCAAUCCUCUCACCAACUCCGCCGCGGGUACCACUGCUGAACGAGAUCAUGGAGUUGCUGUUGCUGAUGCACAAACCCACCGAUAGCUACGUAACGCACGAUCGCCAGAAGUUUUACUUUAACAUCAGUCCCGGUAGUUACAGUGGCGGUGCUGGGGCUGGCAAACGAGUGAACGACAAAGUGCCGGGCGGUGUAGCUGGCAGUAGCAGCAGUAGCAGCAGCACCAAUGCCGGUGGAACACCCAAAAUGCAACUACGUGAUCGUCGUUUACGGCCAACGUCGCAGCUGCGAAAGAUAUUACCACUGACCAUUGCAGCGGGUGGUAGAGAUAGUAUCAGCAGCAACACCAGUGGUGUCAAUGUUAGCUCACUCGAAUCGGCCACCACGAGCUUCAUUAUCGAGUCGAACACAUCGAACAACACGAGCGUCGUCGUUAGUGAUGAUUCCAACAUAAAGUUAAUACCGGAACCAGCCCUGAGUACACCAAAAAGUGCCGGUUCGGCCUCGUCGCUCGAUGCAGGGUUGGCUGGUCUGGCCACGGAGGAGUUGUGCUACGAGAGAUUGAAUAAAGCGCUAGCCGAUUCGAACAUUCGCCGGAAGAGCGCUCACGGGCUGGCGGAGAAGGGUGGAGGUAAGCGAAAGCAGUUGCGUCGAUUGAACAGCUCCCCAAACGUGCGAGUCACGCUGCUAAUGGGUGCCAGGGAUGCUGGUCGUCAGCGGAGUGGUUCACCGAGGCGCAGUGUUACCAACUCACCGAAAGGAUCCUGUCCGCGUAACGAACUGCACCGGUCUCGGUCCACUGGUCCUCAGCACCAGCAGCAAGCACCUUCUCCGCCGAUGGCACCACCGGCAAGGUAUAAGUUUUUCGAGCAAAACUACUUCGCCACCGGAAACGACUUCCUGCAGGAGGCCUUCCUGCGAUUGAUGUGCGAUUUGCUGCUCAUUCUACCGGACGCCGAUGCACGCAAGUUCCUGAGCGGCGACAAUCGUAUGCUGGAGGUGUUGCUCGUGUUGGCCAACAAUGGCAACAUUCGCAUUCGAACCAUGCUGCUCAACCUGGUGGCCGUCAUUGACGAUCGGAUGGUGGACGGGGUGAUUGC